AUGGCCCUCCAAGAUCACUUCAAGCCCUGCCCCUCCGACCUCAUCCUCGUCACCCAGCCCAAAUCCGGCACCACCUGGCUUAAAGCACUUCUGUUCGCCAUCAUGAACCGCACCAACUACACCUUCGCUCAACACCCUCUGCUCACCCGCAACCCCCAUGCAUGUGUGCCCUUCUUAGAGGUCCCCUUUCGCCAUCGAUUCCCCGAUCUGGAGGCGAUCCCUCCGCCGAGGCUCCUCGCCACCCACUUGCCUUACUCCAUAUUGCCGUCCUCUGUGGCCGACUGCGGUUGCCGGCUAGUUAUCUCUGCCGAGACCCCAAGGAUGUGGUGGUCUCGUUGUGGCACAUCGCGCAAAAGCUCAAGCCCGACAGCAUGGGCUGAGCGAAGCCUUCGAGUUGUUUUGCGUGGGGUCUCGCUUUUCGGCCGAUCUGGGAUCAUAAUCUCGAGUACUGGAGGGAGAGCCUGA